AUGGUUCAUGCACAUGCUAUCACCGAGAUAGCUCGGCCGCAGUCGCAAGCAGGCCAAAUGCAGGCACACUCCCAUCACCGCCAAAUCUCAAGCGCCACUCUGCCGGAUACAUUGCAGCGUUCUCGCUCCGAUACCAUGACUUCCACCAAGAGUAGACCACGACCCAAGUCGCGGGGGUCGACAACCAGCAUACAAUCCGCCGGAACCGCAACCCACUACCAACAAGACCAGCCGCUUCCGCAUAGCAUGUUCAUACCUUCCCAACACCAGCAACAGAUGUACAAUGUAUCUCCAGAAGAAAUGUUGGCCAGAUAUGGACAAGAACAAUUCGCCCAAAUCCAACAGUAUAACCUUGAUCCGAGCCUGCCAGCACAACAACAUAACGAGAUGCAAAGUCAUGAAAUGCAGCAAUAUGCUAUGCAUUCUCAAGGUUACCCACAGGCGAUUUCACAGUUCGGAGCAUCAGACCAUAUUCAGCAUGCACUCGCCCGAGCGGGUACCUUCGAUGCUGCAGACAACCAAUCUCCGGCGCCUGAGGACUCUGAAAAUGCAGAUAAUGGCCAAAGAAAAAAGAAAGGAUCUGCCACCAGCAUUGCCAACGACGCCGAGUUGCGCCGCCUCGUCCAGCAGUACCAAGGACAAACACUAAAGACAGUUGCGGCAGAAGUUCAACAGAACGAAGGAGGAGGAGGGAAAUCCGAGAAGGCGAAACAAGUCUUCGCUAUGUUAUGGCUGCAAGAAAGCUGUCAGCGUAGCUCCAGUUCAGUACGCCGAGAUCGAGUAUUUCAGCGCUACACUGCACGAUGUGGUGAUGAAAGAGUGCCGACUUUGAAUCCAGCAUCGUUUGGCAAACUAGUGCGCAUUAUAUUUCCUAACGUGCAAACUCGCAGAUUAGGAGUCCGAGGAGAAUCAAAGUAUCAUUACGUUGACCUGUCUUUAGUCCCGCUAGAGGGUAGCCAGACAGUCACAUAUCAACCUCAGACUAUAUCACGACCGGCCAGUCAACACGGACACAACAACUCCCUUGGAGAGGCGAGUAUGUCUCACCCAAACCACACACGAAAUGGAAGCAGUCACCAGCUAUCAGCUGCACCACCACAUACGGCUGAGUUUCCUGCACCAAGCGCAUCCUUUGGAUCUCAACCAAUAGAUAUAGCGACCAGAUACAACGUCUAUCCGCCGCCACCAGUCAAGGCAAAUGGAAAGAUGCAUUGUGAGAAGUCAAAUGCUCCACUUUUGAGGAUAUCUACGAACCAAAUGUCACCAUCUCUCAUCACCUGCCUUCCCUCGAUCAGAUCUUCCCUCCCAGCGACAUUAACGACAUAUCUUGGCUUACCGUCAUCCACCUCCCACACCUCGCCGUCUCUCAGCCAGACUGAAGCAAAAAUUGAGCUUCCAGACAUUCACGAAUAUCUUGCCGGCGUGCACUAUGACCCUCCCAUUGUAGACUCACUGAGCUCGCUCUACCGUUCAUAUUGCAUCAUGGUCAUCGAUUCUUUUCGCUUCUGUCGUGAGAAACCCUUCUUUCACCACCACUCUGCUUUCAACGGAACGAUGACCGUUCCUGUCGCCAAGCUUCUAGCUGAACCACGAGUUGCAUCGUGGAUCCAAGAAUGCGAUAUACGCAUGUACAAGAAGAUGAUCCGAUACAUCGCACCACUGGUCACACAGGUCGUUCCUGAGCCAGUCUGGUCCAUGUUUGACCGUGUCUCCACAAAGCUGGUCAGUCAUCUUGUCAGCGCGUUUGAAGAAAAAUGCCCCGCCCAUGUUGUGGCUGCCAAAGUCGUUCCAGCAACGAGGUUUUGCAAUCUGCUGAAGAAACUUGCCAGAGUCAACCAGGCAGCGAACAAUGUUGCGCCGCUGCUGAGUGACGAGACGACGAGAAGUCAGAUGUGGGCAGACAUGGUGACCUUGGUGAGCCCUGACCGGCUGCUUGAUGAAAGCAUGCCGAGCCCUGAGUGCUGGACUGCCGUUGAGUGGUGUUUGAGGAACGAAAUGAGAGCAUUGUUGACACCCUUCGACGAGGAAGCUCUGAGGCCAAUCGAGGCUCAAGAUUCUACGGAAUGGUCACAGUACUUUGCAAACACGGCUAUCUUGGGGAAGAGCAGUCCGACUCAACCGACCAGUGAAAGUAGUCUUGAUCGAUGGAUUCAGUGGUUAGAGAAGCUGCCAGAGAUGUUUGAAGGUCAUCAUCCGCAAUGCAUUAUCGACUGGCAUACCCGCUUCUGGGACAGCAUUCUGACACAGUUUGGCAUGGGCGGAGCACAGAGCUACCAGGCAUGGUGGUUCCUCAAGGCCUUUCUGUCCAGCAUGCUGGGAUGGAUGACGCAGAUGGAGGGGCUCUUAUUGCCUGAGGCCGAACAGCGAAGGAUUGACGACAUGGAAAAGGAAAAGCGAAUCCAGGAUGAAGGAUGGGCCGCUGGCCACGCAUACAGCAGCGCUAUUUUCGAUGCUGAUUCUAAUCCUGUUCCCGGCUUGAAGAGGAAGAGAACACAAGAUGAUGUGGGUGGAGAUGAGCGUGCUGUCGAUCCGACGAGAAGUGGAAAAGCAAAUGAAGAAGUCUAUGGCUUAAGGCAGCAGGAGACCAGCAAUGGGCAUCGGGUCAGCGCCUCGGUAGAGGCUGGUACAAUAAGUGACGAAGACGAACACGCAAAAGGAGACGACGAGGGAAUGAACCAUCCGUCGCUGGAAUUGCCAAGCAUUGAGACCGCCAAUUCGCCGAAACGACCAAAUCAGUCGUAUGAUGAUAGCGGGAUUAGUCUAGAUGCUGAGAUCGAAGACGGUGCUGAGGUAGUCGGGGGUGAGAAUGCCGUCGCGGCAAAUGAUACUGGAACGGACGAAAAGGAGAAAGAAAGACAGAAACAGAAGCGGCUGAGGAGGGAAUGGGGUAUCUUGAGCGAUGGGCCAGAUGCUAUGGGUGAGAUUGUUGUUAUAUGA